AUGUUGUGGGUUGACAAAUACCGACCCAAAACCCUUGACCGAGCUAUGGUUCAUGAGGAGAUUGCCACUAAUCUCAAGAAACUGGUUGCAGAGCAGGAUUGCCCUCAUUUACUCUUCUAUGGACCAUCUGGGCCUGGCAAGAAAACCAUAAUUAUGACUCUUCUCAGACGGAUCUUCGGUCCUUCUGCUGAAAAGAGGUACAGUGCUUCUUUCCGUCUAAUUUUGUGCUGUAAUAGUUCUUCAAAUGUCACUGAGGCAAUUCGGUCUCGUUGUCUGAAUAUUCGAGUAAAUGCUCCUUCCGAAGAACAGAUCAUUAAGGUGCUAGAGUUCAUAUUAAAAAAGAAAGAAGGAUUGCAACUUCCAUUUGGUUUUGCAGCUCGCAUUGCCAAAAAAUCAAACAGGAGUUUAAGGAGAGCUAUGUUGUCAUUUGAGACUUACCGUGUUCAACAGUACCCUUUCACAAACACCCAAACAAUUCCGCCAAUGGAUUGGGAGGAAUAUAUAUAUGAAAUAGCAACUGAUAUAAUGAAGGAGCAAAGCCCUAAAAGGUUGUUUCAGGUUCGAGGAAAGGUGUAUGAAUUGCUUAUUAAUUGUAUUCCUCCUGAGAUGACCCUGAAGAGGCUCCUUCAUGAGUUAUUGAAGAAAUUGGAUGCAGAGCUAAAACAUGAGGUGUGCCAUUGGGCCGCAUAUUAUGAGCAUAGGAUGCAUCUCGGACAGAAAGCCAUCUUUCAUAUUGAAGCAUUUGUUGCCAGGUUCAUGAGCAUUUACAAGGCCUUCCUGAUUGCAACAUUUGGCUGAAGAACGAACAAGCAAUCGUCUUUUUUAUCUUUUAUCGGUGGCAAGAAUGCUUUGUUUUCCGGAUUCUGAUUUUAUUUCGAAUUUCUCACUGUCCUUGGAUUCUUCUGAUGGGCUGUUUUGGAAAGGCACUGGGGAUGGGGUGUAUUCUGUUAAAUCUUGUGUUAUUG